GCUUCCAUCCCACACAACGGUUUAUUCUCUAUUCUCUCUGAAAACCCUUAACAGAAUUCAACAUGCUGCGUCUUCACGACGAUUUCUGGUUGGAAUCACCUUCCGAUUCCUAUCGACGGAGUGGUAAACGGCGCCGAUGUUCCGAUUCCGACUCCGAUGAGCCAUCUAAGCGAAAGAGCAGUAAAAAGCGGAAGAUUACCGAUGGUGAGAUUAAUGAGUAUCUCGUCAUUAAGGCUCUUAAGAAGGAUCUGAAAGUUGCGAAGAAAUUGAAGUUGCAGAGCAAACACGUCUCUGGUUCUUUUGGUGAUUUAACAAAUUUGAAUGAAAAAUUUGUGUGGAGAAAGAAGAUUGAGAAGGAUGUGUCUCAGGGUGUGCAGUUCUCUUUUAAAUCAGAGAAGAAGAGGCAGCAGGAAAUAAAGGCUGAGAUUGAAAAAGUUAAAAAGAGAAGAGAAGAAAGGGCUAUUGAGAAAGCCCAACGUGAGGAAGAGAUGGCUUUACUGGCGAGGGAGCGUGCACGAGCUGAAUUCCAAGACUGGGAGAAGAAAGAAGAAGAGUUUUGUUUUGGUCAAAGCAAAAUCAGAUCAGAGAUUCGAUCACGUGAAGGUCGUAUGAAGCCAAUUGACAUUCUUGCUAGACAUCUAUAUCAUUCUGAUGAUUUGGAGAUAGAUAUAAAUGAACUACUCAUGGUCUUCAAGGGUUUGACCAUUAAAGAAAUGGAAGAGCUUCACAAUGACAUAAAGAUGCACGUUGAUUUAGACAGAGCCAUGCCUGCACAUAUAGGAUAUUGGGAGGCACUUUCGGUAGUUUCUGAAUGGGAACUAGCUGAAGCCUGGAAAAAAGAUGCAUUAGAUCGGGCAAGAGUGCGUGGAGAGCAAUUACCUCCAGAGAUAAUCGGUGAAGAACGAGGUUUGCACGUGAACAUUGAAGCUGAUGUUAAAAGUCUGUUGCAGGGCCAAACCUAUAGUGAACUAGAAGCCAUGCAAUCCCAGAUUGAAUCGCAAAUGAGAUCUGGGACUGCGAAAGUGGUUGAAUUCUGGGAAACUAUCCUUAAUCGGCUCUGUUUUUACAAAGCAAAGGCUUAUUUGAAGGAAUUCCAUAUCAGCAUGCGCAGCAGGCAUUUGGAACGUCUAGAGACCCAAUCUGAAAAUAAAGAACCGGCUCAAGAACUUGAUGGGGAGAAGUCUGAUCAAGAUUGGGUGUUAAUUGAUUAUGCGGGUUCUACAGCCUCUCCAGCACCUGUAAUGGAAGAAGAAGAACUAGCCGCCGGAUCAUUUUCACCACAACUAUUGCUUCAUGAUGUAGAUGAAGAAGAAAAUGCAAUUGACCCCGAAGUAGACAAAGCUAUUUUGGUAAGUUGGCUUUAGUUUGUGUUUAUUUAU